UGUGAUUUCUUUUUGUUCAAUCACCUGAGAUUAAAUAAAAAGGGCAUUUAUCAUUUUUCACCUUUCUUUUUCUCUCUCUCUUUAUUUGUUUUCUUUUCCCCUCUUUUUUUUUCUAUAAUGUCCUUUUAUCCGACGAGUCCUACGUUUAUGAAUGAUAUAAGCGAUAUGAAUGAAAAGACCACACUUUGGUAUGUAGGAUGGGAGACUUGGACCCGUGGAUGGAUGAAGUCUUUUUGAAGCAACUGUGGUUUUCCAUGGGCGAAAAUGUUGUUGUCAAAUUGAUAAGAAAUAAAAAGACUGGUAUGAGUUGUGGCUAUGCAUUCAUUGGAUUCACUUCGAAUCAGGCAGCUCAAAGAGCAUUGGCAACUGUGCAUGGAUCGAGAAUACCAAAUACACAAUCUACCUUUAGACUAAACUGGGCAUCUGGUGGAGGAAUUGCUGAUAGAAAAGAGGACAGGGCACCUGAAUUCAGCAUAUUUGUAGGUGAUUUGGACAAUGACGUGAACGAGCAUUAUCUAUUUAGCAUAUUUCAUGCAAGAUAUCCCUCAUGUCAUUCUGUAAAAAUCAUGACUAAUCCCUCUACUGGUUUCUCGAGAGGCUAUGGUUUUGUCCGAUUUUCUAAUCAGCAAGAACAACAACAGGCGGUAAUAGAAAUGAAUGGCGUAUUAUGCAAUCAGCGUCCUAUGAGGGUAUCAUUCGCAACACCCAAAACAAAUAAUCAUCAAAGAUAUAUUCAAUUGGCACUACAAGCACCAGCCCUUCUUCAACAGCCCAGUGAUCCUAAUAAUACAACUGUAUUUGUCGGAGGACUGUCUUCACCUGUAACUGAGGAUGAGUUGAGACGUUAUUUUGCACCCUUUGGUGAGAUUGUGAGUGUAAAGAUACCACCAGGUAAAGGCUGUGGAUUUGUCCAGUAUGUCUCACGAGCAUCAACCGAGAAGGCUAUUGAAAAGAUGAAUGGCUUCUUGAUUGGAACUUCACGUAUAAGAUUAUCAUGGGGAAGAAGCAGCCAUGGUCAAUCAGCUGAUUUAAAGAAGCCUCAACCACAAACACAGAUAGUACACAAUGAUCUGUUGAGCACGUUUAGACCUUUAUCACCUCCUUACAGUCUAUAUAAUAACAGUACUGGCUUAUUUAGUCCAAAUCAUGAUUGGUUAACAAUGGACCCUUACGAUGACCACUGGCCACUCUAA